AUGUGGGCAAAGACAAUUACAGGCAAUUUUGCCAGUGUGAUUCACGGUCUGAAUGCGAACCACUUGACAGAGCAAGUCGUUCAGCGAAGCAAGCGAAUGAUUCUGGACACCCUCGGAGUUGGGCUGCUGGGAACCAGCACCGAGGUCUGCCACAAAGUGAUGCAGUACAGCAAAAUCUACAGCUCAGACACAUCCAGCACCGCCUGGGGCCACUUGGAUUUCCGACUUCCUCCUCUGUAUGCAGCGUUUGUGAAUGGAGUGGCCGUGCACUCAAUGGACUUUGAUGACACGUGGCACCCAGCCACACACCCGUCCGGAGCGGUGCUGCCCGCUGUCCUUGCCCUCUCAGAGGCCUUUUCCCAGAAGAAAAAGAUCUCCGGGCUCGACCUGCUCCUAGCUUUCAACGUGGGAAUUGAAGUACAAGGCAGGUUGCUACGCUUUUCCAGUGAGGCCAGGAACAUCCCCAAAAGGUUUCACCCUCCAACCGUGGUGGGCACGAUGGGCAGCGCAGCGGCCUGUGCUAAGCUGCUAGCUCUGGACCAGCUGAAAUGCAAGAACGCCUUGGCUGUGGCUGCGUCCUACGCGGGUGCCCCGCUGGCCAACGCUGCCACCCAAACCAAGCCCCUCCACGUGGGCAACGCGGCCAAACACGGGCUGGAAGCGGCUUGCUUGGCAUCCCUGGGCGUCCAAGGCAACGGGCAGAUCUUGGACAUGGAGUCGGGGAUGGGAGCCUUUUAUUCUGAUUACAACCCACAGACGCUGCCGACCUUGCAGUCGUACCCGUGGCUUUUGGAGCAACAGGACGUUGCCAUCAAGCGCUUCCCCGCUCACCUCGCAACGCACUGGGUGGCCGACGCCGCGGCUGCUGUCAGGAGGCAGCUCGUGGGGCGCAGUCCCAACCUGCCGCCCCUCGACGAGAUCGAGGAGGUCGUGGUGAAGGUGCCGGAGGUGCGCUACGUGAACAGGCCCGCCCCCGCCUCGGAGCACGAGGCUCGGCACUCCUUCCAGUUCGUGGCGUGCUCUGCGCUGCUGGACGGCGGCAUGUCCGUCGGCUCCUUUGCCGGCGAGAGCAUCCAGCGCGCGGCCGUGCGGGAGCUGCUGCGCAGGACGCGCCUCGAGCACCCGGCCGACAACGAGCCCAGCUUCGAGCAGCUCUACUGCGAGGUGAGCGUCGCGGUGCCGGGCGGCCGCGCGCUCAGCCACCGCUGCGACACCUUCUACGGGCACUGGAGGAAGCCGCUGAGGCAAGAGGACCUGGAGAAGAAAUUCCAGGCCAACGCCUCCCAAGUCCUCUCCGYGGAAGCCGUGGAAGGCAUUAUAGAGACCGUCAAUAACCUGGAAAAAGUGGAGGACUGUUCUGUUUUAAGCACAUUUUUAUCGGGACAGUCAGCUAGAGCACUUUCAGAGAAACUGCACUUGCUGUGAACAAUAUUCCAUCACUCGAGAGACAACGUGUAGCUAGACUCUACUCACA